AUGGCUACAAAGCUACAUACAGAUAUUUCUAUGAUUCAGAUUAAUGGCAAGGAUGAGACCAGUUCUAAACAAACAAAUAGUGAACAACCAAGAAUAAUACCACCGAGUGACAUUACGACAGUACUGGCAUCGAGUUCUGAGCAAGAGAAGUCAGGGAAAGGAAGUAUAGAAGAAAAGGGCACAUCCUUGAAAGAAAGUUCUACAAAUGGCCCCGAACAACAUGUUGAGGGAAAUAAUCUAAAGAGUGCAUCUAACAACAAAGUAAACGAAGACCGCAGACCACAUCUUUCGAAUUUAAUCACAGAGCAAAGGCCUUCGGUUUCAUCCCGAAGUUCGUCCCAUUCUGGGAAUUCAUCGUUGCAUUCUGGAGGUUCCGUUUUAUCACAAAACCAUUUGUCAAGGCCGAAGAAUGAAACGAAAACAAUACCGCCGAGGAAGAGGAGCAAAGUGUCUCGGGCAUGCGAUCAAUGCCGCCGCAAAAAGAUACGGUGCAAUGCGGUGUUGAACAUGACGAAUAACCAGCUUUUGAAAACAUGCUCGAACUGUCAGAAAAACGGGGACAUGUGCACAUUUACACGGAUACCACUGAAGAGAGGUCCAAAUAAAGGAUACACCAAGAGUCGAAAGAGGAAAUCAGCAUCAACAGGGUCGCACUCGCCGAUGUCACAAAAAUCAUCGGGCCUUUCAUAUACGACAUUUUCGGCCCCAGAGGCAGCACUUGAUGGCCGAAAUACUAUAUUAGGCAAUGCACAGACUCUUCUUCCACAACAACUACCAUCUCAGCAGCCACAGGGUCCUCUGUCUCUGGAGGGAUUCAAGUCUGCUCAGCAGAUUCUUCUUCCCCCAGUCUCUUAUCCAAGUUUCCCUGAUUCCGGGUUUUCCUCGGUCCCCUCCCAGCCACAAUUGAUAUCUCAAUCUCAGCAACAGCGACAGCAGUUUCAGUUUCAAUCUCCACCAUCUCAGUCAAGCUCUCAGUUCCGUGUUCAGGGCCACUCACGUUCGCAAAGCUUGUCCCAAUAUGGUGUAACACAGCCCCAGCAAUUGUCACAAGUGCAGCCUCAACUUCAGGCUCAGGCUCAGGCCCAGAUUCAGCCGCAGAUACAGCCUCAGUCACAAACACAAACCCAGGGACAACAACAACAACAACAACAACAACAACAACAACAACAUGGCUCACCAUUGCUUCCUAAUGCUUCCUCAUUCUUGCAACAGUCACGAGUGAAAUCAACUGGGCUCUCGGCAGCUUCCAGUACGGGUCCGGCAAUUUUACCGCCAUUAGCACGUUCAAGAUCGAUGUCUAUCAAUUCCCAAGGCAGCCAAUCAGGUGCCCAGGCUCAGCAGCUGUUCUGGAAGGUGCCGUAUGACGUUCCUCCAUUCACACCUCCAAGAAAAGGGUCCAUUGACUCGGUGAACUCGUCUGCGGCCACUGGCUUUUCCUUUGGAUUAAGGGGUUCAUCAUUUUCUCGCACACCGCCCGCUGGUUCACCACGCUUUCCAUUGGCUGGAUCCUCUCUGGGGGCCUCUGACUCGACCAAUGGGCUAACUUCUGAAACAGAAGAGGAUUUCUUUAGGGGACGCAUUUCCAAAGUGGUAAGUCCUGCUCCAUCUAUAACUGGUGGCCGGGCGGCAAACAUGACACUUGAUCCAAAGCAACCUCAACAGUCGGGAUUGCCAAUACAGCAGCAAAACCAAAAAAUGCAGCAGUCAGUUGGAAAACCUCAGUAUGAUGCCUUUUACAGCGCUCUUCAGGCGAAUUUGAACGCUUUUUAUGAUAAGCUACAGGUUAAGUACCCAGUUUUACCGCAAAGAGAUAUCUUGGUGAACUGCAUCCAACAGCUAAAUGGUGAAGAAUACAUUCAAGUGCUAGAAAUAUUGGGGCAGGCUCUUCAGAUUUUGAACAGUCUAGAGUUUUCAUCUGGCUUUGUUGAGGCCAUGGUGACGUUGGAGAACACGAUAAAACUUGUUGCAACGAAAUCUUCCAUCAGGGAGAAUAAGAGUGCCAGAAUAAUUUUCACCACAACCAUGGUUUUACUGAAUUACAUCGUGAUUCUUUCCGGAAAUGAGUUUUCCAUAGGAUUUGGUGUUGCUUUUAGCGUCUUCAAGGAUUGGAGGUUGUCAACAGAAGAUUUCACGAGUACUGACUUCCAUAAUCUUAUGCAUCUUAUGAUUCUAGACAACUGUUACUCCCUUUACUUCGGGACGCCUAGAAGUUCUACUUUGUACUACUCGCUGGAUGAGACAUUUAUAAAGGGCUUUAUACAAAGUUUUGAAAGUACAGAGAUCCAAGGAUCUGCUGAUCAGAGCAGUCCAAAGGUAGACAUGGAAUAUUUCAAGAUUGGUAUGGAACUUAUUUUAAUGUCUAAUAAUAUGCAAAAGCGUAAUGACAUGAAGAAUAUAGAAAAGAGUUUGAAGCUUCCGAACUCAGAAUACAAAUUUUUGAAUAUACUCAAGUAUUCAUCGGAGUUGACGGUUUAUAUCGGAAAGCUAACGCCGAAAAUCAGCACAAUAAACAACACACAGAUUGAAGACUUCAUCUUUGAGACGGAGUACGACAUUUAUAAAUACAGCAAAAAGGUUAUUAAUUUGAUUGACGAGCAAUUUGAUGAUUUUGAGAUAUUCAAACUUCAACCUUUAUUGUCGCUUAUUGUACUUAAGUGCAUGAAAAUACUUAAGAGUCUUCGGGUAAUUAUAUGCAGUAUUCUGGACAUGGAUUCGAUAGUGGGAAGGGAAAACUUUGGUAAGAAGCUACACAAGUUAGUGGAGUCUGUGGAUAACAAUAUAUCCAGGUGUACGAACCUUCGCCUGUCUAAUCAAUUGGUGAAAACAUCACUUUUCAAAAUCGCAAAUUCUAAGUAUGACGGCAUAAGAUUAGUCAAAACUCGUACGAACAACACCGUCGACGAACUAUCCGUGUUUAAAAACUGGUGUCGGCUUACGAACACUUAUAUUACAUCCACUUUAGAGAACGAAUCAAUCAAUGGUUGGAAAUAA